AUGGCGGCUGGCAGAUCAAAGAAAAUGAAAAUGAACAAAAUAAAUAACUUUCACGGUAGUACAGCAACUGACAUUGAGGAUAGAUCGUGUUAUGUUCUUACUAAUUUCUCUCAGAUUCUGAAGCAAAUAUUAAUAGGAUUGCCAGUGAAGUCUUUGAAUAGUUGUGCGAGAGUUUGUAAAAUAUGGAAUGAUGCAGUACAGAAGAUAAAAAAAUUAAGAUGUCCAUAUUAUUGGAAUUAUUUUGAAGGUGAAGAAGAGAGCCCAGAUAGUCAGAAACUAUUACUUGAAUCAAUACAAUUAACUAUUGAGAACUUACCAAUUGAACCAGAGACAAUGUUGGUGUAUUAUACUAGUGUUCUGUUAGAUACAACCUGUACAUCAGCUACUGUUUCAACUAAAUCUAGAUCCAAGAGAAAAAUACAAAAGGAAUGUUCGGAUGUAUCUGAGUUCUUUCAGAAUUUGCUCCCCAGAUCAUGUCAGACUACAGCCGUUGCAGCAGACGGUAUUAUAGGAACAAGUUCAAGUUUGAGGAAAACCAAAGAAUUUGAAAACAAGUGUGCUCUAUCUUUUAUAUGUUUUGCUAAACAAAGUACUUUUUCUUUCCACUCAAUACAACUUGAUGUUAAACAAGGAACUAAAUUAGGAGAACUAUGGAACUCUAAUGAAGAAACAUCAUUUUCUAAUUUUAUUCCACCUGAAGAAACAGUUAAAUCAGUGUUGUUCUUCUCAGAUGAUGUUACCUGUCCACAAGAGUUGGGUUUUGCUUUAUAUAAAGAAUAUAAUCAACCAUUAAUAGCUGGUGGAUUUGUUGAUUCCUUAGUUUUUCCUUCAUUGUUACAUGACAUCAAUCAUAAACAUGAUUUACCAACAAUAUGCUGUGUGGCUUUAUGUGGAGAAACGGUUAAAAUAGCAUCCAUUAUAAUCAGAGAUGAUGUUUGUGAUAAAACAGAUGUAGAGGCAUGUAUGAAAGAACUCAAGUCACACGACUUACCAGAAGAAAGAUCAUUUGCCUUUAUGUUUGCUUGUGUUGGUCGUGGUGAAAAUCAUUAUGGGGAGGCAGAUGUUGAAUCAAUGAUGUUUAGAAAAUUUUUUCCUAAAACCCCAUUACUAGGACUAUUUGGUAAUGGUGAAGUAGGCUUUAAAUAUCCACUGCCUCCAAUUGUUUCUAAAGAAAUUGAUGGAACAGAAUUACAUGACUUUGUGAAUGAUUCCAGACGAUAUUUAACUCGACAUCCACCUAAAUUAUAUCAUGCUUACACGACAGUUCUAUGUCUUGUAUCAUUACCUUGAGAUUCAAGUUUAAUUUUUAUUGUCUGUAGUGAACCCCAUCAGGCUAACAGAUCAUCUGUAUUUGAAACCAUCAGGUUAACGGAUCAUCUAUAUUUGAAAACUGAUUAUCUGUAUUUAACCCCAUCAGGUAACAGAUCAUCUGUAUUUAACCCCGCCAGGCUGACAGAUCUCUGUAGUUAACCCCAUCAGGGCUAACAGACCAUGGGGGUUAUAUCAUAUUCCCCAUCUAUAUACAUGUAUCAACAGAUUUGUUAAAAUGAGAUUGCUUGGGUAGUGAUUACUGUAUAUCAUUAAAUUUAUGUAUCACAAAAUGUAUGCGACAUGAUGAGGGUUGACAGAUAUGUGUCAUGAAACUAAUGUCACCUGAAGUAGAUUGACACUAUAAUAUGUAUUGAGAUUAAUGUGUCCCACUGUAUCCUGCUAAAAUAGAUGGCUUCUGGUAAUUUUAAUAUAUAGGUAAGACAUUAGUUUAUCAAAUAGCUUUAUCAACGACAUUGAUGACCCCAUCAACUAAUUACUCAUUGUUGAUUAUAUUAUUGUUAAGUUUGACACAAUCUCUUUUUAAAGAUUAAUUAUGUAAGAGAUAAAAAGCUGACAGUAAUAAUAAUUAAAAAAUAGAUAAUGAAAAGGGAAUAUGUUGCGAAUUUGAUUCAAAUUACUUCAUUCUUAGCGGCGUUAUUGUCAUUUGCAGAAUAGUGUAGUCUUGAUUAUCUUGAUUAUCCAUUUUCAUAUUAAAUCAUAAACUGCCAAUCGUAUUUAAAUCUAUUGAAAAUCAAAACCAUCUGGCAUGUAAAUAAAUAUCUAAUUAAUGAUUAUAUAACAUUUGAGGCCAAACCAUAGUGUGUUAGUCAAAUUUAGAUCUUGAAUAAUUCAUCUUUAAUGGAGUAAGUAAUACAUGUAUUACUCCUGAUUCUUUUAACAUUUGUGGUCAAUCAUAUUUUCAAUGACUAAAUCUUAUGCAGGAUUAUAAUCAUGAAUUUGUUAUGUAUAAUUAAUGUAACCAAUUUUAUACGCCCACAUGUUAGUGUAUAAUUAAUGUAACCAAUUUUAUACGCCCACAUGUUAAUGUAGUUGUAUACUGUCAUAUAGCACCGAUCUGUCAGUCCAUCUGUCUACGUUUUCUUGGGGGUUGGAUGUUAGUUAGUGCGUGUGCAUUGUAUCAUAAGGUCUAUCAUUGUCGUGGUUUUGAUUCCCUGGAAGUACGUGACAAGGAGUAGGGUUGCCUGUCCAACCCUGUGGGUUUUCCCCACGCACAAGUGAAUUAUUUAAAUAAAAAUGAAACAUAUGUUAGUCCCAAAAUGUCCUAGUUUGUGUUGAGUGGACGUUAAACCCCAUUUCUCUCUCUCUGCUUGCAUUUCUUCUGAUUUGUGUAUCAGGAUAAAGUAAUGACCUGAUGUAAGAUUUGGGGCCAUUUUUUUCCCAAUAUUUCUGGAACAUCGUUAACGAAAUCCGGUUUAACUGCAGCUUUUUUCAUGACAGUCCCUGAAAGCAAUAAAAGAAUGUCAGAAUCAAUAACAUCUGUAAUAAUCAUCACAUUCUUGUCUGCAAGUACAACUGGCUAACCUUUAGUAUGCAAAUAUUUUUAUCAUGGAUUUAGCUGUUCAAGUUAUCAAAAAUCAGGGCCAAAUGGUUAGGUUUAUCAUUGAGUCAACUGGUGUGGUUUUGAUUCCCCGGUUGUACGUGACAAGGAGUAGGGUCGCCUGGCCAACCUCAUAGGUUUUCUCCGGGUCCUCCCACUGCUAAAGACCCCUACGCGCAAGCGAAUUAUUGAAAUAAAAUUAUUUUCAGAAUGUUGUCAAGAUUUCAUCAAUUUGAAUGUAAAUGAGUGUUAAUAGUUUAUGAAAAUUUUAAACUCUGACAGGGUUAUCCCUUAUGCACUAUUGAACAAAGUUGAAAAAAUUUAUAUUAAUAACUUUUUCCUGUAUUACAUUCAUUGACAAGCAACAUGUUUCAUCUACGGUGACAGGGUUCUCGCUGCUGACCAAAUAAACAAAAUGAAAUGAAAUGGGGGUUAACAUCCUACUCCAAAUAAACAAUCACAUACAAUCCCUGUGAAUUUGAUCAAAUCUGACAAGAACUCUUACAGACCGACGAAAAUGUGGGCGUUUAAUAAAACUUAAUAUAUAUACUAUUCAAAAAAAGUAGGGGAUAUUUGAUUUUUAAGUGUUAUUAAAGUCACCUAAUGAAACUGACGAAGAAACAAAUGACAAAAUGAAAUGAAGUUCACAUUCAUCGAUUUAUUCCAAAUGAUCGUUAGACUAAGUAAGGCACAGACUGACCAUUAUAAGGGUAAAAUGAUACCCGGGGUCAAACAGCAAAGUUACCACAGCAUCACAACCAAGUCAGUAACGGGUAAAUCCUCCUCUGUUUGCCAAACAAGCAUUGAUCCGACGUGGCAUACUCCUAAUGAGACGUCUAAGGUUAUUUUGGUCCAGAUUGUCCCAUUCCUGUUGCAACGCAGCAGCAAGUUCUUGGACAUUGGCAGGACGUUGUUGACGUAACCUCUGUCCAAGCAUGUCCCAGACAUGCUCGAUGGGGGAGAGGUCGGGACUCAGUGCUGGCCAAGGUAAUGUGGUGAUGUUCUGUUGUUGGAGGUAACCUGUAACGAUCCUGGCCCUGUGAAAUCUUGCGUUGUCAUCCUGGAAGAUGAAACGGCGGCCAUGACGUCGUGCGAACGGCACAACAUUCACUGCCAAGAUGUUGUCCCGGUAGUACUGGCCUGUAACACGCCCUGCAACAACAUGUAAAGCCGUUCUUCCAGCAACAGUGAUGCCUCCCCACACCAUAACAGAACCACCCCCAAAUCGAUCAUGUCUGAUGAUGUUAACGUCUUGGAAGCGCUCGUUUCGACGACGCCACACCUUCCUACGUCUGUCCAAAAAAUCAACAGUGAACCUUGACUCAUCUGAAAACAUCACAUUGCUCCAGCGUCGAUUAUCCCAGUGUUGACGAUCCCUACACCAACGACGUCUUGCCUGAAUGUGAUGAUCU